CAGCUGGACCUACCAAGCGGCUAGGGGCAGGGCGCCGCAGUGCCGUAGUAGCGGACGGCCGCUACAGACUGCUUUUGAGCCGUGGCGACCGAGCAGGCAGAAGACCCCGGCGCUGCCUAACCCCAGCCGGGCCACCCGGGCUUGCUGGCGCCCGCUCUGGCUGCCAUCUCCCUCUCUGAGAGGGCUGAGGGAGCGGGAAGACGCCCGGACGACAGCUUUGGUCCCCUCUCUGUCUCUCGGUUCCUCUUUCCUCCCAAGUAAGGGAAUAAGCUCCGAGGAAGGAGCGCUCCGGGAAACCGCGCAACCAAGUGUUGCAUGACGAGGUGCCUCCUGCUGCCAUAGACAGUUGGGUCCUCGAGAAAUCUCCCGAAGAGUUUGUCCAUCACAUUUCUGCAAUGAGCCAGGCCCUGGGCUGGGCUUUGGCUUCGCCCUGGUGAACAAAACUCCAUCCCUGGCCUCAAGCACUCACACCUGGCUUAAAGAUGAAUGAAGAACAGUGGGUCUCCCUCACUCCAGAAGAAUUUGACCAGCUACAGAAAUAUUCAGAAUAUUCUUCCAAGAAGAUAAAGGAUGUCUUGGCUGAAUUUAAUGAGGGUGGGAGUCUCAAACAAUAUGACCCACAUGAGCCAAUUAGCUAUGAUGUCUUCAAGUUAUUCAUGAGGGCAUACCUGGAGGUGGACCUUCCUCAACCACUGAGCACACACCUCUUCCUGACCUUCAGCCAGAAGCCCAGGCAGGACACCCCUGAUCAUGCCAAGGAGGGAACCAGCAUCAGCGAGGCCAGUGGCCCAGAUUCCAACACACAGAAUGUGGAUAAUGCUGCUAAAGCAGAUGAGGCCUGUGCUCCUGAUAUAGAAUCAAAGAUCACUGAGAAGCAGGUGACAACUAAAAGCCAAGUGGUUACAACCCGCCUGGGAAACCCUAUUGCUCAAUCUUCAGGCUCAGAAUCCCCCAUAGUGUACCUGAAGGACAUUGUGUGUUACCUGUCCCUUCUGGAGACAGGGAGACCACAGGAUAAGCUAGAGUUCAUGUUUCGUCUCUACGAUUCAGAUGAGAACGGUCUUCUGGACCAAGCGGAAAUGGAUCGUAUUGUCAACCAAAUGCUGCACAUUGCCCAGUAUUUGGAGUGGGAUCCCAUGGAGCUGAAGCCUAUAUUGAAGGAGAUGUUGCAAGGGAUGGACUACGACCGGGACGGCUUUGUGUCUCUACACGAAUGGGUCCAUGGAGGGAUGACCACCAUCCCACUGCUCGUCCUCCUGGGCAUGGACGACUCUGGCUCCACGGGGGAAGGGAGGCAUGCCUGGACCAUGAAGCACUUCAAGAAACCCACCUACUGCAACUUCUGCCACAUCAUGCUGAUGGGCGUUCGGAAGCAGGGCCUGUGCUGCAUUUAUUGUAAAUACACUGUCCACGAGCGCUGUGUAUCCAAAAAUAUUCCUGGGUGUGUCAAAACAUACUCAAAAACUAAAAAGGGAGGCGAGGUGAUGCAGCACGCGUGGGUGGAAGGGAACUCCUCCGCCAAGUGUGACCGGUGCCACAAAAGUAUCAAGUGCUACCAGAGUGUCACUGCGCGGCACUGCGUGUGGUGCCGGAUGACGUUUCACCGCAAAUGUGAAUUAUCAACUUUGUGUGAUGGUGGGGAACUCCGAGACCAUAUUUUGCUGCCCACCUCAAUAUGCCCCAUCGCCCGGGACAGGCAAGGUGGGAAGUCGGAUGGCAGCGUGUCAGCCAAGGGUGAACUUGUGAUGCAGUAUAAGAUCAUCCCCACUCCGGGUACCCACCCCCUGCUGGUCUUGGUGAACCCCAAGAGUGGAGGGAGACAAGGAGAAAGAAUUCUUCGGAAAUUCCAAUAUCUGCUCAACCCCAAACAAGUUUUCAACCUGGACAAUGGGGGGCCUACUCCAGGGUUGAACUUUUUCCGUGAUACGCCAGACUUCCGUGUUUUAGCCUGCGGAGGAGAUGGAACAGUUGGCUGGAUUUUGGAUUGCAUUGAUAAGGCCAACUUCGCAAAGCAUCCACCGGUGGCCGUCCUGCCUCUUGGAACAGGAAAUGACCUGGCCCGGUGUCUCCGCUGGGGAGGAGGGGCAAAUGCAAUGCCAUGCUCCACAGGUUAUGAAGGGGGCAGCCUGACGAAAAUCCUGAAGGACAUCGAGCAGAGCCCCUUGGUGAUGCUGGACCGCUGGCAUCUGGAAGUCAUUCCCAGAGAGGAGGUGGAGAAUGGGGACCAGGUCCCAUACAACAUUAUGAACAACUAUUUCUCCAUUGGUGUGGAUGCUUCCAUUGCCCACAGGUUCCACGUGAUGAGAGAGAAACAUCCUGAAAAAUUCAACAGCAGGAUGAAGAACAAGCUGUGGUACUUUGAAUUUGGCACCUCAGAGACCUUUGCAGCCACCUGCAAGAAACUCCACGACCACAUAGAACUGGAGUGUGACGGGGUUGGGGUGGACCUGAGCAACAUCUUCCUUGAAGGCAUUGCCAUUCUCAACAUUCCCAGCAUGUACGGUGGCACCAAUCUCUGGGGAGAAACCAAGAAGAACCGGGCUGUGAUCCGGGAAAGCAGGAAGGUCGUCAUUGAUCCCAAGGAACUGAAAUUCUGUGUCCAAGACCUCAGUGACCAGCUCCUUGAAGUGGUGGGGCUCGAGGGAGCCAUGGAGAUGGGGCAGAUCUACACUGGCCUGAAGAGUGCGGGCAGAAGGCUGGCCCAGUGCUCCUCUGUCACCAUCAGGACAAACAAGCUGCUGCCAAUGCAAGUGGAUGGAGAGCCCUGGAUGCAGCCACCUUGCACGAUUAAAAUCACCCACAAGAACCAAGCACCCAUGAUGAUGGGGCCUCCCCAGAAGAGCAGCUUCUUUUCACUGAGGAGGAAGAGCCGUUCAAAAGACUAAACAAUGUGCCAAACGCCAGUUAAACCAACUGAGAAAACGAGAAACUGUAACACACACACACACACACACACACACACAUUCACACACUCUUCUCUAACCAGUGGAAGCAAAGCCACCCUUCAGGAAGCAACCUUCACCUUGCCAUACAUUCUCUCUCUUUCAGCAAUGGACACACCGAACAGAGCCAGUGCCAAUGGAAUUUUGAAUGGACUUAGGGCCCACCACAGUGUGGCUGGCUCAUGCAGCAACCUCCACAUUCCCAGAAGGCCUCAAGCGGGACUUUCUGAGACUGAAGAAGAAAUUCCCCUUUUUCCCACCAGCCCUGCAAGUUUCCUCACGAGGCUCACAAGGAGCAGGUUUCCUGCCUAUGGCAAGAUCAGAUGUGGCCAAGGGAAAGUGCUCCCAUUCCAGACCACUCGCACAUACAAAGGUCCCUCUGUACAGAGACAAAUGGCCUCCAACUCUGAGCAUAACCCCUGGCAGGGCUCAGCAAGUGCACGUUGGUUUCUUGGUUGUCUUCGAGCAGCAACUUCUCCCUGAACUUGCUGAGGAGGCAGAAAGGCUGUGAGAAGCUGUGUUUCCAUUCUUGGUUCUCCCCACUGUCAAUGGGCACUUGCUACUUUCUCCAAGCCUUCUCCUGGUGGCGGUGUGCUUAUUCAGAGACGGCUCCCAAAGCCUCUGAGCCGUCUGCGCAGCACACCUUAGAUGUGUUUAUUUCCUUAGUUCUGUGAACACCUGGGAGGGAAAGCAGAGAAACUGGGAUUUAUUUUCCAAAUUGGUGUCAUAAUAUUGUGUAAAAAGGGAAGGAAAAAAAACACCCCCAGCUUCUUUCUUUUUCAAGCCAAAGUGUGUUUCCUGUUUGAGUUCCAAGCCCUGGUGGCAGACUGUUCCUGAAGGCAGAGAAGAUGGGAAGAAAGGGCCUUUUGCUGAGCAGACCAGGAUACAAACCACCAGGUGAUGCUCUCUUGCCUCUUGGCAACUACCACUCCCAGAGUAUGACUUAGAAGCCCUUCUGAUGGUCUGACAUGUGUGUACAUAUAUGUAGCAUAUAUAUUUAUAUUUAUAUAUAAAUAUAAAUAUUUAUUUACUGAUGGACUUUUCCUGACUGGAAAAAAAAAUGUAAUACAGGAGCAGAAAGUGGGAAAGGAAAAGAAGGUUCUUACUCCCCUAUUCUACCAUUUCAUUGUCAAGACACAUUUCCCUAUGGUGAUCAUGAGAUUUAAGGGAAAUGAAGUGGCUUCUUAUCAUAAAGAAACUGAGCAUUCCUCUUCUAGAUCCUCAAAACAACCAUAAAAGAUAUCCUGGGCAGGAUUUCUCUCCCAUUUGUCAGAUAGGGAAACUGAGUCUUGGAAAAAUUAAGAGACUUGUCCAUGGUAUCUUGGCUAAUGUGGUUUGAGAAUAAGGUCCACUGAGAAGAUAUUUAAUAGGGAAAAGAACACACAUCUUGGAAUAAGGUCAUUUCUGGUCACUGAGAAAUGACUCCAUUUGGAUCCAGAUCAUCAGGGGAGAAUGAAUGCACAGCCCACGUGUGGCUGGGACAUGUCCACUGAGAAAAUGAGGGCCUUAGGAUGCUUCCCCGAGAUUCUUUCUGACCUGACCUGGUGAGAAUUAGGUCUGAGGUUGAAGGUGCCAGACAGAUCAUCAGAUUAAACUCUCCACAUUGUGGCACGUCAUGGUCAUCAUAGUAUCUUAGUCUGGAAACACCUCUGGCUGUAGGGACGGCCUGAGUGGAGAAUCACAGGGGGACUGAGGCCCUUUCUGCAAGGUGCUGCCAGCCAGUACCCAGAGGGCCUUGGCACCGGUCAGUGAGCUUCAUGCAGCUGGUGCUGGCGUUAGCCUCCUUUCCCGAGAUGAGUCUAUGUAGAGCUUCAUUGGUAGAAAGAAACAUUUGCCUCAGCGCUUUUGCUUCCUUGGGACUCCAUCCCCUCCGAGAUUUUCUCCAGAGGAAACCUGGGCCCACUUGACAUUGUUCCACUGAGCUCCCACUAAUCUUGCACUGAGUCAAGAGCUUUGCACAAGGAAGGGAAAAUAAAGAUUGUGCAUACAAAUUGAUCUUAACUCUGAAGGAAGCAGUCAUCUAGCACCAACUGGGAUGGAGAUCUAGGACCAUCCUGCUCAACGGACCAGUGCAGAACACUGGGCAAGGGGAAAACCAGGCCACCUGAAGAAUAUCCUGAAUGAUGGAAUCCUUGGUGAUGGACCAACUAGCUCCAGAAUGACAGCAGGUACUCUCUUGGAAGCCACUUGAUUCUGAAAUAAAAGUUGGUUCAGGCUUGAGGUCACUGAUUUGAAGACAUUUACAGAAGUUUUUGCAUGUGUUUCAGCCUUAAUCCUCCAAGAUUGAGACUGUUAAGACAUGGCAGUAGCAACAGGUAAAAUUGGUUCUCAGAGAUUAUGAGGCAGAGACUGGCCCCAGCCUGCUCUACUCUAGUGCAUGGGACUUGCAGUGUUGCUUGAAAGAUGUGUCCCAAGUCCUCCUGAAAGCCACAGAGUAUAACAAGCCAGCAGAAAUUUACUUCUGAUUUGGUGACCUCAGUAAGUCUAGUGUUGUUGUUUAACCUGACCUUGCAACUCAUUCCCUAACUACUGUGACUGUGGUUUCUUCUCACAGAGUAUCUCAUCAUGGUGGUCCUCACAGCAACCUCUGAGGUUGACAGAGACUGUAUUAUUAUCCCAAUCUUAAUAAUGAGGAAAAUGAAGUUUAAUGAGGUUUAGUGACUUCUCAAAGGCAUACAGUUAAGCAGUGAGGGGAGAAUUCAGUCCCUAUACCUCAUCUUCUGCUGAUUCUGACCAUGCCAUAGACAUGUUCCCAUUUGUUCCAAUGGUUCUACCCCACUAGCUACAGAAAGAAUGAAGCAGGAAACUUCAGUGCAUCAUUUCGUCCCUGGCCUAAUGAGCUAGGAGUGGCAUCUCAUAUGACUUGAUCUUUGUGGGUUUCCUCUAGUAAAUUGAGAAUGGAGAUAGACUUAGUAAAAUUAUUAUAUUUUGGGUUAUAGACCAGCUCUUCUCAAGAGAGUUCUUUCUACAGAUGGAAAAGAUAUGUUAAAAUUGCCAAAUAAAUUAGGAAAUACUUGGCAGAAUCUGGAAGAUCCUCCAGACUGGCGUUACAUAACAUGCAUAUACAUUAUACAUAUGCACGUUAUAUAAGGUGACAUAGUACUUAAUGUGCUGUAUAUAUUAUGUAAAUUACAUAUUUGUGAGUAAUCAUGAUAAAUAUAGAGACCCACUAAUCACUUUUUUACACAUCCUCAGUGACAGAUUAGGAAGUUACUUUGCCAGAGAGUCUUAAAACUUACUCUCUCCUGCUGCUUUGGUUCCAAUUCCUGCCAAAAAUAAUUGCAUCAACUUUUCCCAUCUCUAGCCCCCUCUCCUCUUGGCCAAAACCCUCAGUUACCUCCUGUCCCAGUGAGGCUGUACCUUCCAUGGAACACUCCCACAACUGGGAUCCAUAAAAAUAGAAUCAUGAGCAUGGGAAGGAUCUAGUCUCCUGGAUUCCUUGUCGCAGCACUCAAGGUGUGUGCCACAGCACACACCUCAACACUCCCAGGCAGGUGGGUACCUAAUGCUAAUAUGAAAAGGAAAGAGGAAGAAGGGAGGGAGAAGGAGUCUACCAGCCCUCCAAAGAAGGGAACGUCAUAGGGUUUCUUGACCACUGCUUCCCAGAUCCAAAAACAACCAGUCAGGAAGUACUUCAAAUGCUUGGUCUAAGUCUCCACAGCAUAUCUGAAACCAUAAUUUCCUAAAAUGUGUUUCACAAUAACUGGUAUCCAUAAAAUGCUCCAUGCAAAGAGUUCUAUGACCAAGUACUAGAUCCCCUUCUAGGAGAUACAAAGAGAGCCUUACCUCUAAGAACACACAGUAAAUAACCAUAAAGUCCUUUAUCUGUCUGUCAACAUCUAUAGAUUAAAAACACUGCCUUAAGCCCACUAUUUCUUCUUCUUCUCAGUGAAAUGGGAACAUACAAGUAACCAUCCUCAGCAGUAAUAUUCCAUAAAGUACUUUUGUAGGACAAAGAGUCUCCAUUCAUAAGAUACUCUUUCUGGUUUCCUCAAUGUGAUUGUUUAACUACUGCUAUUGUUCCACUCUAUAUGUUUUCAAGCAAGAAUCAAGGAUCUGGAUUCUUUGUCCUCUGAAUGGAGAAAAAUUAAGGGGGAAACAUGAUAGCUAUCAGGGGUCAAACUUCAUCUGCAUAGCUCUAGAGACCAGAACCAGUCUAUAGAACAGUCACCUGCUCUUGUAGGAAAAACCUUGGCCUGGUUAGGUGGGAAACAAGCAUUGGUUCAUCUGCCUUGUUCAAAAGUGUCCCUUGUUAAGUGAAAGAGUGAAAAAUGACUCCCAGAGAGAUUUCUGGAUCAUUGGGUACUGACUGGUUAGACCACACCUACACAGGGCAGGAUUAACCAGAUUCACUGGCACCCUCAGUGGCAACUAGUGCUGGUGAUCUCUCCUCAGUAGCUUGGAGAAUUAAAGGAAUGAGCUACAGUAUUAAGAAAAAAAGAGACUUUCUAUUUCCAUUGGGAUCCAUAUUAGUGGUUUGGAAUUCUUCUCCUGUCACAAAUACCAGACCUGCAUCUGACUUGCAAUAGCAAGGAAAAAGAAACUGUCCCACAUCUCAAAUAUCAAUCAAGUUUGGAUAAAAUAAGAGUCAAAUUGCAUAAAAUUUCACAUGGAGCCAUUGAUUUUAGCUCACCUUGAUGUUUCAUCAUACUGGAGGACAUCUUUCAACUUUCUCCUAUAGAGAGAAAACAGGGAAGGGAGAUCAAAAAGGGAGUUCCCAUUUAUUGCUAAUUGGGUGCAAGGCACCGUGUCAAGGUCUCUUCCUGUGCUAACCCAUUUCAUCCUCAAAAUGGCCUGUGAUAUGGGCAUUGUACUUGUUUCACAGAUAAAGGAAUUACUGCAUAGAAAGGUAAAGUACAUUGUCCAAUGUCAAACAGAUGGCAGGUAGCCAGGCUAAGACUUGACAUGGGUCUGUCACACAUCAGAAUUUAUGCUUUUUCUACUAUAUUUUAAUGCCUCUAACAUUCUCAUCUGUUUCCAACCCUACUAUCAUCCUAUGUGUGAUUACACAUCGACAAAUUGAUAACCUACCUGGUCAACCUCUGGACAGCCAUCUAGUCAUAUUCCUACUGAAGACCUUCCAGUGCUUUUUCAAAUUUAAACUCAACAGCCUCAGUGGACAGCUGAAACCCAAAACCUCACCCUUGCAAUCCAAUUGGCAGCCAUCCCUUAAUCCUCAAUGUUUCAGAUUCUAGCUCAAUGGAACUCAUUUCCCAGGGCUACCUAAUAGAUUUUCUAUUCAACUCUGUGAGUGGGAGAACAGCAAGCAGCCUUCUCAGACUUAAAUGCCAUGGUCAACAGUGACUGGCCUGCACGGGGAAGGAGGGCGAGGGUUGUUGAGGGAGCCUCCAGCAAGAAGGCUCUGCAUGUGAUCCUCAUUAGUGAUAGGCGUGGGCUGGGCCAUCUGUGUUCCACAGGAGAACAGAAUGGCAGGCUGCCUUUCAGAUGCCAAGAGAUGCUGUCUAAUAGGGAGAUCCAAAGAGCUCAAACAGCAGAGAGACAUCUUUCCUCAUGAGCAUUUCUGUAGGAAACCAGGGGCACAGAAAACCAAGGGUUUUUGGAAGUAAGCUGCUAAACUUGCUGGGCAUUCUUACCCUUGUCACUACUUCAUUCUUCAUGUCCAAGGUGUAGGGUGGCAAACAGAGCUCUAGAGCCUCAGCUGCUAGUUAAGCUCCCUUAGAUGGAGCCCACGACGAAGCUCUGUUACCCUGAAAUCUGUAGAUGGAAUGGCAGGUGCAUUAUAGCAAGACACCAGAGUUUGCAAUUAAUCCUCCAAGUUUCCCAGGGGUCAGGAAACACUGCGGGUAAGAGAGACAAUUUAAUUGGAUGCUCAAAGAAGAUUCUAGAGAAAUAAUCAGAACACAUGGAAGACUACUCUAAAUGGGUCAAAUUAGGAAAAUGAAAUUUGGAAGCAAAGAGGAUAACAUCUAGCCUGGUAUUGAACAUAUAGUAAGUAAUAAGCAAAUACUUUUUAAAUUAAUGAAUAGCUAAAGUGGGUAUCUGUCCUUCUACCCUGGAAUGGGUAGGGGAAGGCGGGGUAGAGGGGAUGAAAGCUUUUAACUAACAGCUCAGGAACUUGAAACCACAGGAUGUAGAGGGAGCUCAUGGGGGCCUUUAACUACCCAGACAUCUGUUGAGUGAUGGAUAAGCUAAAUAUGGAUCAUCAAAGGGCUUUCUAGGUCACAUGGAGGGCAGCUUCAUGAUUCAGAAAAUAUGAAAUUCAACUUGGACAGAAAGACAGAAAUAUUUGCAAUCUACUUCUUAAGAAUCAGGUCAGAAUUGACAAAGAAUAAAAAAGGCAGCACAGAAGUAGAGUGACAACACAGUAAGAGAGCAGCAUAAUAAGAUACAGAUCCAUGAGAUGAAAAGACUUAGAGAACUGGAUUUGUUAGCAAAUUUAUAUGGGCAGCAGAGAUGAGCAUGAACGCUACAGUCUAAAAAUGGAAGAAAAGACUAAGAAAUCCUUUUUUUAAAAAAAGCUUAAAGUUGAGUUAAUGAGAAAUGGAAAUGUCGAGGCAUUAAUGAAAUUGUUAUUAAAUAACUAUCGUUUAUGAUCUGGUCCAAAGCCUCUUGCUUAUAUGACCACCUUCAAACUUCACAAGAACCCUGUGAAGUUGGUGCUAUAUAAUUCCCCAUUGACAAGUGAAGAAACUGAGAAACAGAGCAAAUCUCAUAGCAGGAGAUCCAGAAUUCAUAUCUGUCAGUAUCUGCCCUCAAAGUCCCUAGUUGUGUCUGCAGUGCCAUCCAUGGUUCCUCAGAGCUUCAAGCAUGGUGAUGGGAUUUACUACCCAGAACCAAUCCCCUCUGCACCACUUACUGACUUCCUUCUCGAACUGGAAGUCCAGGUCCCUCUCCUCCCCCUGCCCCACAGCUGGAGUGGGGAACAGCAUUCCUCUGUCUGGGCACAGAAGCCCACUGAGGAGAGGAAGCCAAUCUGGGCAGCGCAGAGGUAUGUACACCUCACCCACCUCCCUUCUUCUUAGGUCCUCUGGCCCAGGCACCAGCUGAGGCCACCUCCUAAGACACAAUUCAGAGAACAGACAGCUAACAAGGAACACGUGGUGAAGAACAGAACCAGCUCAGAGUAUUCACAUAAUGUUAAAGAUCAUAAUAAAAGAUAUACAAAAACCAUAUUAAAGAUCAGGAGCAAGUGAAAUGAGGUCAGGUAGUCAAACAUCAGAAUUUAGUAACUAAUAUUUAAAGGUGGAACAGAGAUUCAAAAUACCUUUUAAAAAUCUGUUAGUUAAAUUGUAAUUUGGGAUAAAAAGACUGCUUCUAGAAUGAUGAAAAAUCUUUUCUUUCUGAACAAAAAAUCCUUUUUAAAAUGAAAUCUUAGCAAGAACUACAAGGUGGGGGAUAAUAAAAUGGUAAUUUAUUUAGAAAUGAAGUUUAAAACCCCUCUAAAUAAGCAGCAAUCCAGAAGAAGAUUCCAGAAAGUCUGCAUUUUCUGUUGGAUUAAACAAUAGUACUUUCAAAGUAAUUAAUGAACUUACUUUUUUUUGUCUCUUUUACUUUUUUUAAGAAAACUGGUACCAGUUGGUUACCAGAAAAUGGCAUGAUCUUCAAGAAAAGAACAUUUUCCUGGUGAAUAUUUCCUUUCUUCCCAACAUCCUAGAGGUAAAAGGAUUGAGAAUUAGAUCUUUUAACUCAGAGAACCACAUGUGCAUGGAAAGCGUUAAAAACCAUACAUGCAUGGAGGAUAUUAAAAAUAGAGGAUGUCAUUGAACUUCUGUUUGGGGUUUGCAAUCAUCAUACUCUGUUACCACCAGGCAUAAAGGUAAUGAUGAAAAACCUAAGAGCAUUAAUCAAUCCCCACCACCCAUUCCCUCCCUGUCAGCCUCCUAAACUUCUCCACCACCAACCCCCUGUCCCAAGUCAAAUGUAUUUCCUGGAAUCACAACAUGUGGGAAGAAUUUCUUUUUAUUACGCACAUUUUCAAACAGACAAAAGAGUCGUGAGUAUGUGUAUACACACACAUACACACACCUGUCACUUAGAUUCAACAGUUGAUAUCAUUUUGCCGUAUUUGUUUUAUCUUUUUUUACACUGAAAU